AUGUUUUCGAGGUCUGAGAAAGAAAUUGAGGCUUUGGCAGGCGAUAUAAACAGCUUCAGUUUCGAUGCUAGUUCGAACAAUUCAAGGAAUCCAUUGAGAUCCGUUGCUUUACCAGCGACCCCAUCUCGUAAUAAGGAGAACGGAUAUGCGGGAACUCCCUCUCCAACAAAAUCAACUGUCUAUGUUGGCGACGAAAGUUCGAGAAUGGACAUUGAUGAGCCCACCAGGAAUGACAUAGAUAUCAAAAACUCUCCAAAGAAGCUACCGCGUGAUUUCCAUGUCAAAGCAGAAUUGCAUAAGACUCAGAGAGUUGUGAGUGUCUGUCAGAUGUAUUUCCUCGACUAUUACUGUGAUAUGUUUGACUAUGUGAUUAGCAGGAGACAACGAACAAGGAAAGUCUUGGAAUAUCUGAAUCAACAGAAGACCUUGAAAAGCUUACCAGAUGAUCGGUUAAACUCUGAGUGGGUCGGAUAUUUGGAGAAGGAGCAUGAUAUAUUAAGAAAAAGAAGAUUGAAGCCAAAGAAUAAGGACUUUGAAAUGAUCACCCAGGUUGGUCAAGGUGGGUAUGGGCAAGUUUAUUUGGCAAGAAAAAAGGAUACCAAAGAAGUGUGCGCAUUGAAGAUUUUGAAUAAGAAGCUACUGUUCAAGCUCAACGAGACCAACCAUGUGUUGACAGAGAGAGAUAUCUUGACUACGACGAGAUCCGAAUGGUUGGUGAAACUACUCUACGCUUUCCAGGACUCGGAGAGUCUAUAUUUAGCGAUGGAAUUCGUUCCAGGAGGUGAUUUCCGUACAUUGCUCAUUAACACAAGAUACUUGAAGAGCGCACACGCCAGAUUUUAUAUCAGUGAGAUGUUCUGUGCUGUGAAUGCUCUACAUGAACUUGGUUACACUCAUAGAGAUUUGAAACCUGAAAACUUCUUGAUAGAUGCGAAAGGACACAUAAAGUUGACAGACUUUGGUUUAGCAGCAGGUACUGUUUCAAAUGAAAGAAUUGAAAGUAUGAAAUUGAGGUUAGAAGAAGUUAAAAACUUGGAGUUCCCUGCUUUCACCGAGAAAUCCAUCGAAGAUAGAAGAAGGAUGUAUAAUACUCUGAGAGAGACCGAAGUUAAUUACGCGAACUCUAUGGUCGGCUCACCAGACUAUAUGGCACUCGAAGUCCUUGAGGGUAAGAAGUACGAUUUUACUGUAGAUUAUUGGUCGCUUGGUUGUAUGCUUUUCGAAAGUUUGGUUGGUUACACGCCAUUUAGUGGAUCUUCCACCAAUGAGACGUAUGAAAAUCUAAGACACUGGAAACAAACUCUGAGGAGACCAAGGUUGGAUAACGGUAGACCUGCAUUUUCUGAUAGGACAUGGGAUGUGAUAACAAGACUAAUAGCGGAUCCUAUCAAUAGACUAAGAUCUUUUGAGCAUGUGAGAAGAAUGCCAUAUUUUGCGGAGAUAAACUUCGAAGGCUUAAGAGAUAUGUGUCCACCAUUCACACCUCAACUAGACAGCGAGACAGAUGCUGGCUAUUUCGAUGACUUCUCAAGUGAGGCCGAUAUGGCCAAAUAUGCUGAUGUUUUCAAGAGACAAAACAAACUAUCGGCUAUGGUUGACGACUCCUCAGUUGAUUCUAAACUUGUUGGAUUCACAUUCAGGCACAGAAAGGGCAAGCAGGGUUCUAGCGGCGUGCUCUUCAACGGGUCCGAACGCUCUGAUCCCUUUGCCACAUUUUACUAA